CUUAGCCGGAUAGAAGGCCGACUGCUUCAGUAAUGGCAUUCAGCAGUGUGUUUCUCCCACGCCGGUUGACCCAGUCGCGAAACCACUGACAUGAACCCGUAUAGGAGUACUGCUGGGCUUCCUAGGCCUAUUCUUCACGGCCGGAGCGCUGCUACUAAUGUUCCUGACCCUGCUGGGAGGAGCACGGAACUCGAUUCCCUUGAACGAAAUCUACUUCCUUCAAGUCGACACAAGCAACAUCCCGGGCGCACCAGCUCUAUCCCGGUGGACAUUCUGGAACAUUUGCGCUGUCGGUUCCAAUGGAAAGAGUGAUUGCGGAAGCUCCUAUCCCGACUUCCCCUUCGACCCUCCGAGCCACCGUAACUUCGACACAACAACCAACAUCCCUGCAGCCUUCAUCGGUACAAACCACUACUUCCUGACCUCCAGGUUCACAUUCCCAUUCCUCAUCAUCGCGCUUUUCUUCGGCGUCGUAUCUCUCUUCACCGGAUUCCUGGCCAUGUGCACCCGUAUCGGCAGCUACAUCUCUUCCCUGAUGGCAUGGAUCGCCUUGAUUUUCCAAAUCAUCACUACUUGCCUGAUGACCGCCGUCUUUGUACAGGGUCGUAACAAGUUCAACGGCAACGGCCAAAGGGCCAGCCUGGGCGCCAAGUCAUUCGGUUUCAUGUGGACGUCUGUAGCCUGUCUCCUCAUUGCCUGCAUUCUGUACUGCCUCGGCGGGUCCAUCGGCGGCAAAGAGUCCGGAUACAGCGGUCGCGAGCACCGUCGUCGCGGUUUCUUCACUUCCCAACGGUCCACCAGCGUCCAGAGCAACAAGGAGGCCAACCCAUGAGCCAGCUAGCCAUAUAGCCCCCAUUUUCUCCGUUUAUGUACGAGGGAUAGACCCAUGUGAGUCAUAUAUCUGGAAUUGUGGGUGGUAGGUGAGGGAUAAUUAAUACGGGUUGCAUUUCGAUGCAAUCUCUGGCUUCGUUCAUUAUAAGUUGGGGGG